AUGGCCGAGCCCGCUGCACCAGUAGUUCCGCUGCCUGCGACAAACGGCGAAGGCACCUUCCCUGCUCCUGAUGCCGCAGGUGAGCUUGUUGCGGCCAUUGCUCAGGCCGAAACCGUGUCCGCAGACGAGAUCGCACUCUACGACCGCCAGAUUCGCCUCUGGGGCCUUGAAGCCCAGAACAGGAUUCGCAAUGCGAACAUUCUGCUCGUGUCCGUCAAGGCCCUCGCCAACGAGAUCGCGAAGAACUUGGUGCUGGCAGGCAUUGGCUCAAUCACACUUGCCGACCAUGAAAUCAUCACUGAGGAGGACUUAAGUGCACAGUUCUUCAUCAGUGAGACCGACAUUGGCAAAAAUCGCGCCGAAGCCGCGGCUCCCAAAGUCCAGAAACUCAAUCCCCGCGUCAAGGUCAAUGUGGUCACCUGUGAUGUUUCGAAAGAGACGGACACUGGCUUCUUUACGCCUUUCGACAUGAUCAUUGCUACCGACCUCGACUUCAUUGCGCUUACCAAUAUCAAUGGCUGCGCUAGGAUCGUGAACCGCCCAUUCUACGCAGGAGGCAGCCAUGGCAUGUACGGAUAUAUCUUCGCAGACUUAGGAUGUCAUGAAUUCGUAAUUGAGAGGGAGGUGUCUAGGAAGACGGAGCUCAAAGCGGAAUCUGCGACGCGAUCCAUAAUUGGUGUCCAGUUCAAGAAGGAGAACGCGAAGAACGUUGAGCUGGUCACAAAGCGCGAGCUAUAUACGCCUCUGCUACUUUCCAACACCUCGCCCCUUGCGCCAGAGCUGCAGGGAAAUACUCGCAAGCUGAAGAAGGUGCAUCCUCUGUUGACCUGUGUUCGCACGCUCUGGGAGUGGGAGCGACAAGGCAACGGCAAUCCAACUCGCAGUCUGGCCGAGCUGGCGGCUUUCUCCGCCUCCGCCAUGGACAGACACAAGGAGCUCACCCUCCCGCCUCAGACCCUUACGGGUGACUUUUUGAAGAGCUUUCUACACAACCUCGGCAGCGAAAUCGCACCGGUCACAGCAUACCUCGGCGGACAGCUGGCUCAGGAUGUCAUCAAUGUUCUUGGCAAACGAGAACAGCCCAUCCAGAACCUCAUGCUGUUCGACGGAGAGGAUAGCUCGGGACCAGUGUAUGCGCUCCAUCCCAUCUUCGUGAACAAUCCUGUGCCACCGAUUGCUCCUCUGCCGGUCGAUGCGCCAAUCGUGCUCGCUUGA